UUCUUCGCAAUAAAAUUAAAGACCUUGAAGAGCGUUUAGCUAUAACAAACAAUUUGGAGGAAAAAAUCAAAGAGUUGGAGGGCAAAAACAAUGAGUUGGAAAAAAAAAAUAGAAUGUUAUUUAACGACAUUUCUACAUAUGAUACAGAUCCUAAUACCAAACCAUCCAAAAAAACUAUAAUAUCAGCUAAAUGGCCAUUUGAAUCACCAUUGAUUAAUGCAUUUCUUCGUAUUGAUAAUCAAGAAAACGAGACGUUAAUUGCGCAAUAUGUCGAUCCUUUACCGAUCGGUUCCGGUUACAAAUAUGCAGGCACAAAAUUUGAUGUCAGUGUUGUAAGCGUGGCCGUGGAAGCUGGCGAUAUGGUAAAGUAUUAUUAUAAAAUAUACAAAAGUUCAAAACCAAAAUUUAUUUACAAUUACAAUUUACAGGUUGUUGAAGGAACCGAAAUUGCUGUAGUAGAAGCCAUGAAAAUGCAAAACAUAUUACGCAA